AUGCUAAAUGUGGGUUUGCUCAUUAAUGUAAGGACAAAUGUGGCUGGAAAAGUGCAAAUGCUAACUAGUGCACUUGUGAAUGUGGCUGGCAUGGGUUCAUUAGUUAUUGACACAACUAAAGGAAGGAAAUUCAUUAGAGAAGUGAUGUAUCUCUUUUGGCAGUGGUGUUUUCUCUUGGGCUUCAGUCAAGCAAAAUGUGUUGCAUUGUCUACUGCAGAGGCAGAGUACAUCAGUGCAUCAGAAGCCACUGCACAUGCCAUUUGGCUUAGAUUUGUGUUAGAAGAUUUUGGAGAACUUCAGAUAGAAGCAACUCCAUUGCAGUGUGACAAUACAUCUGCAAUUUCCAUUACUAAGAAUCUUGUGUUUCAUCAGAAGACAAAGCAUAUUGAUAGAAGGUAUCACUUCAUCAAACCAUUAGCCAAGGAUUGA